AUAUGUGUGUGUGUGUGUAUUCUAUCUCUCUCUCUCUAAACUUAUCUUCCUUUUUCUUAGUUCUUCCUCCUCUGCCUUUUCAGCUUCUGUUUUAUUCAGUGUGAUACUGAUUCUGGUUAACUUUCGUGGAAUUUAAGUUGUUUCUCAAUUGGGUUUCUCAGAUUGCUUCCAAAUACUUCCUACAAUUCGUCGGCGAAUCGAAUCGAAUCGAAUCGAAUCCAGUCCAAUGGCACCAAAGUCAGGGAGAGGCAAGAACAGGUCCAAGUCAGACAAGAAGAAGAAAGAAGAGAAGGUUCCCAGUGUUCUUGACAUCACUGUCAUUACCCCAUAUGACACACAAGUCAUUCUCAAGGGCAUCUCCACUGACAAGAUACUUGAUGUGAGAAAAUUACUCGCUGUAAAUGUGGAGACAUGCCAUCUUACAAACUAUUCCCUCUCUCAUGAAGUCAAGGGGAAAAAAUUGAAUGAAAAGGUGGAAGUCGUUAGCCUGAAACCUUGUGUUUUAAAAAUGGUUGAAGAGGACUACAGCGAUGAAGCCCAGGCUGAGGCUCACGUGCGGCGAUUGCUGGACCUGGUGGCCUGCACGACCCGAUUCGCCAAGCCCAAACGGUCCGCCACUAACCCGGACUCCAAGUCUAAGAAGAACGGCAAUAGGCCUCGGACCAGGACAUCGGGCCCUCCAUCUCCGUCCGAUGCGGGCGAUGGCCGUCCGACUUCACCGCAUUCCGAACCGUCCUUUUCGGCGAUCUCGGAGAGCCUAGGGAUGGUCGCCAUUCAUCCGACGCCGAAGCUCUCCGACUUCUAUGAGUUCUUCGCUUUCUCUCACCUCUCCCCUCCAAUUCUCCAUUUGAAGAGAUGCAACUUGGAGGAUGUACAUGAGAGGCGCGAUGGUGACUAUUUUCAAAUUCAGAUUAAGAUUUGCAAUGGGAAGCAAGUACAAGUUGUUGCAUCUGUCAAAGGGUUUUACACUGUGGGAAAGCAGUUUUUACAAAGCCACUCGCUCGUGGAUCUUCUGCAGCAGUUCAGCAGAGCUUUUGCAAAUGCAUAUGAAUCCUUGACGAAGGCUUUUGUAGAACAUAACAAGUUUGGCGAUCUUCCAUAUGGUUUCCGAGCAAAUACAUGGCUUGUCCCUCCAUCAGUUGCUGAGUCUCCAUCGGAAUUUCCACCCCUGCCAACCGAAGAUGAAAAUUGGGGUGGAAAUGGUGGAGGCCAGGGAAGAAAUGGCGAAUAUGAUCUUCGACCAUGGGCUACAGAUUUUGCAAUACUGGCUUCCCUUCCUUGCAAAACUGAAGAAGAGAGGGUUAUUCGAGACCGGAAGGCAUUUUUGCUUCAUGGUAGAUUUAUUGACGUUGCAGUCCUUAAAGCUGCUUCAGCAAUACGCGGUGUAAUAGACUCCAAUAUGAAUGCAAAGGAGACACUGAAAUGUUCUCAAGGCUCCGUUCUUUUCGAGGAUCACAUUGGAGACUUGUCCAUUGUUGUAAAACGUGAUACAACAGAUGCAUGGUCAAACUCUGAUUUGUCUACCAAGGAGGCUGCGCAGAGGCUUUUACUUAAGGGGUUAACUUCUGAUGAGAGCGUAGUUGUUCGUGAUACUUCGUCCUUGGGUGAAGUCAAUGUAAGGCACUGUGGAUAUACUGCAACGAUUAAAGUUGUCGGUAACAUAAAGAAUGGCAACCGCGAGGCUAAAGAUAUUGAUAUUGAAGAUCAACCAGAUGGAGGAGCUAAUUCUCUCAAUGUUAACAGCUUGAGGGUUCUGCUUCAAAAGUCUAAAACUGAAUCAUUGGCUCCCAGUUUGAAUGGUUUAGAAACUUCUACGUGUCUGGUUCGGAAAGUAAUAAAAGAGAGCUUGAAAAAUCUAGAAAAUGAGCCUGCCAGUUUGGAAAGAUCUAUCAGAUGGGAGCUUGGUUCUUGCUGGGUGCAACAUUUACAAAAGCAGGAAACCGCUGCGGUUAACAACUCUGAUAGUCCUAAGGCUGAUAAAGAGGCUGAACCGAUUGUGAAAGGUCUGGGAAAGCAAUUUAAACUUUUGAAGAAGAGGGAAAAGAAAACAAUUGGAGAAAGCAGAACAUAUGACGAGGAAGAAAUUGAUUCUAGUGAAAGCCGAACAGUAGAGCUAGAGAAUGGAGAUAUCGAUGAUGAGCCAGAAUUGAAACAGUUAAUUUCAGAAGAAGCCUUUUUGCGCCUCAAAGAAACGGGAACCAAUCUUCACCUAAAGUGUGCAGAUGAGCUUAUCAAGAUGGCACACAAAUAUUAUGAUGAAAUUGCCUUGCCAAAGCUGGUAACAGACUUCGGAUCACUUGAACUUUCUCCAGUUGAUGGCCGCACAUUGACAGACUUCAUGCAUUUAAGGGGACUGAAGAUGCGCUCUUUGGGUUGUGUGGUUGAACUGUCAGAGAAUCUUCCUCAUAUACGGUCACUUUGUAUCCAUGAAAUGGUUACUCGAGCUUUCAAGCACUUGCUUGAAGUAGUCAUUUCCCGUGUUGACAAAAUAACUGACUUAUCUGCGGCAAUAGCAUCAACCUUAAAUUUUCUACUCAGAGGUUCUGUGGUGGAAGAUGACGCCCUCAGAUUGCAAUGGUUACGAUUAUUUCUAUCCAAAAGAUUUGGUUGGACACUGAAAGAUGAAUUUCCGCACUUGAGGAAGUUAUCAAUUCUCCGAGGACUUUGUCAUAAGGUUGGUCUAGAGUUGGCCCCAAAAGAUUAUGACAUGGAUUUCCAAAACCCUUUCAGCAAAUACGACAUUAUUAGCAUGGUUCCAGUGUGUAAGCAUGUAACGUGCUCUUCAGCCGAUGGGCGAAAUUUGUUGGAGUCAUCUAAAAUUGCUCUUGAUAAAGGAAAGCUAGAGGACGCUGUUAAUUUUGGAACAAAGGCACUAGCAAAGAUGAUAGCUGUUUGCGGUCCUUAUCAUCGAGUUACAGCAAGUGCUUACAGCCUUGUAGCAGUAGUUCUUUACCACACCGGUGAUUUCAAUCAGGCGACCAUUUAUCAGCAGAAGGCUCUGGCUAUAAACGAAAGGGAACUUGGGCUUGACCAUCCAGAUACCAUGAAAAGCUAUGGGGAUCUGUCCGUUUUCUAUUACCGUCUUCAAUACAUCGAAUUGGCUUUGAAGUACGUAAAUCGUGCUUUGUUUCUUCUUCAUUUUACGUGUGGUCUAUCUCACCCUAACACAGCUGCAACAUACAUUAAUGUGGCUAUGAUGGAAGAGGGCAUGGGAAAUGUCCAUGUUGCUCUCAGAUACCUGCACGAAGCUCUCAAGUGUAAUCAGAGACUGUUAGGAGCAGAUCAUAUACAGACUGCUGCAAGCUAUCAUGCCAUAGCCAUAGCUCUCUCAUUGAUGGAAGCAUAUUCCCUCAGUGUGCAGCAUGAGCAAACAACACUUAAGAUACUUCAGGCCAAACUUGGACCGGAUGAUCUUCGUACUCAGGACGCAGUUGCAUGGCUUGAAUAUUUUGAAUCUAAAUCUCUGGAGCAGCAAGAAGCAGCCCGAAAUGGAUUUCCGAAGCCAGAUGCGUUAAUUGCAAGCAAAGGUCACCUUAGUGUAUCAGAUCUCCUAGAUUUCAUUACUCCUGAUCAAGAUUCGAAAGUAAAUGAUGCACAUAGGAAGCAGCGCCGCACAAAGGUACAUCAGUCGAGUGAUAAUAUCCCUCCGGCACACCAAAAUGCAAUAGCUUAUGAUGACUUGCCAAAUCAUGGCGUGGAGAACACUACAAUUUUGAUAGAUGAUAAAACUGAUGCAGUUGAGGACAGAUCCGUUCAUCAGGACCUGGAGGAGAAGGGUGAUAUUUCUACAAAAGGUUUGUCAGUUACGAGCAUAACUGUUGAAGAAACAACUUCAGAUGAAGGCUGGCAAGAAGCUAAUUCGAAGGGUCGGUCUGGAAGUACUGCUACUGGCCGGAAGUUUGGUCGAAGAAGGCCAGAGAGUGAAUAUUCAAAUUUUAGAGAAAGCAAAUACCGGAGGGAUGUCAUUUCUCCACCACGGACUUCAGCUCCUAAGAGUUUUCCGAGUGAUUUGUAUUCACCAAAGCAGUCAAAGGUUCGUACUCUGAGUGCAGGAGAAGAUUCAGUUAAACUUCAGUCCAAAAUUUCUGUUUCUAAAGUCCCCUCUAUUCCAGCAACUACGAAUUUGGCUUCGAAAUCUGUAUCUUACAAAGAAGUAGCUUUGGCACCUCCAGGUACGGUUCUAAGGUCACUGCACGAUAAAGUUGAAAGCUUAAGUGUGGAAAAUGCUGAAGCCGAGACAUGCAAUACUCCCGCUGAGACUUUGAAAUUUGAGGAAAGCAUAGGUAACUCUGCGGUUGAAGUGAUUCCAAAUGACGGGGAGGAAGGAACAGGUCUUGCAAGUGCAUCCCAAUCAGAAGAUACAGGCCCUGAAAUUGUAGAGGAAAGGUCGGGAGAAAAAAAUGGAAGUAAGCUUUCAGCAGCUGCUGAACCUUACAAUCCAAGACCACUAACAACUACUCUUCCUCUAAAUCCGGUUGCUGUUACAAGUCUAUACGAUGUGAGAGACAGUCAAGUAAUGCUUUCAGCGCCAGUGCUUCCCCCAGUAGCUGCUAGAGUUCCUUGUGGUCCUCGGUCGUCACUGUAUUACAAAACCAAUUAUUCCUUCCGCUUGAGACAAGGUGUUCAGAAAUUUCAAAGAUCUGUUACAGAAAGAGGGGGUUCUGGUCCUCCAAGAAUCAUGAACCCGCAUGCUCCUGAGUUUGUUCCCGGGAAAACUUGGCAUGUGGAUACUCUAGACGAAUGUGCAUAUGUUGCAACUGAAUCAAAUCCUUCGCUUGAAGUUAGUGGGGCUGCAGAGGAGGAACGACAAGAAAUUUCCAGUAGCAAAGCUGAAGAUGGUAUCUUGAGAAAGAGCAUCUCCGAUUCUGAGAAAUCCGAGCUUGCAAGGCAGAUGUUGCUCAGCUUCAUAGUAAAAUCCGUGCAGCAGAACAAGGAUCCUGCAAAUGAAAGUAAGCAAGGGAAUCAAUCAGAUGCCAUUGAAGAUGACAGUGCGAUAAUAAAAAUUCACUAUGGAGAUGAAGGAAAGAGGGACUUGGUUUCUGAAUCCGGUGGCUCGGAGCAACCAACAGUAACGGAUGUAAAGAGUAAGGAAGGGGGGGACGCUGAAGGAUUUACACUUGUGACGAACAGGAGAAGAAGCCGGCAGCUGAGAAGCGGGGUAGCGGGGUUGUACAAUCAGCAAUCUAUCUCGGCUUCUGUUCAUUGAAUAUACAGAUCAUAAACCUGAAAACGACGUACCAAUAAGCAUCGUUCUGUCCUCCUCAAGUCCCUCACAUAACGCAUCAUAAUGUAAAAAGUUUCUCAAUUUUUUUGAAGAGAAAACAAGGUUCUUUUGUUGUCGCAAUCAGUUCUCGAGUUUAUGUUUUGUUUCCUAUUUUUUCAGUUUGAUGAAUAAAAGUCUGUUCGUUCUCAAGUUCGGUGCCGGUGGUAUCAUUGUAUCAUAAUUUUCCUAAUGAUAAGUAAUGGAGAUGAUGAGCUGAUUUUAUUUAUUUA